UAUAAACAUGAAUACUGACCUUCACCUUUGAAGUUGAGGAUGAAGAAAAUGAGAUUGUCAAAUGUAAAAGAUACCCUUUCAGUAUGAGAAAUCGGAGUAAUUCUGGUGUCCGUUUAGAUUAUUACCAAAGGUUACUGAAUAAAACUAUUCUAAAAUACCAGAACCCAGUGACAGGAUUAAUACCUUCCAGUGAGGAGAACAGCCAUGCUUGGGUCAGGGACAAUGUGUAUGCUAUCUUAUCAGUAUGGGCUUUGGCACUGGCCUAUAGAAAAACAGCUGAUUUGGAUGAAGACAGAGCUAAAGCAUAUGAAUUAGAACAGUCUGUCGUGAAGUUGAUGAGAGGGUUACUCCGAUGUAUGAUGACCCAGGUGGAGAAGCUGGAGAAGUUUAAACAUACACAACAUGUGGAUGACUCCCUGCAUGCCAAGUACUGCAGUCAGACGGGGAGAACAGUCGUGGGUGACAAGGCCUGGGGUCACUUACAAGUGGAUGCCACUUCUCUGUUUAUUCUAUCACUAUCUCAGAUGACAGCAUCAGGUCUCCAAAUAAUUUUCACAUUAGAUGAAGUGUCCUUUAUACAGAAUUUAAUAUUUUACAUCGAAACUGCUUACAGAACACCGGAUUAUGGUAUUUGGGAGAGAGGUGAUAAAACAAACCAUGGACUUCCAGAACUGAACUCAAGCUCCAUUGGAAUGGCAAAGGCAGCAUUGGAAGCAAUCAACGAACUUGACCUGUUUGGUGCCAGAGGUGGACCCUUGUCUGUUGUCCAUGUUUUACCUGACGAAGCACAACAGUGCCAGGCCAUUCUUCAUUCUAUGCUCCCUAGAGAAUCAAAUUCCAAAGAGGUAGAUGCUGCUUUACUGACUGUGAUCAGCUUUCCAGCUUUUGCUGUGGAUGAUUAUGAAAAGGUGGAGGAAACCAGAGACACAAUCAUGUUAAAACUGGAGGGCAAAUAUGGUUGCUGUCGAUUUCUAAGGGACGGCUAUAAAACAGCACAAGAGGACCCGAAUCGUCUGCAUUAUGAACCAUGGGAACUUCAGGUCUUUGAGAGGAUAGAAUGCCACUGGCCCAUGUUCUUUGCUUUAUCUGUGCUGGAUGGUUUAUUCAAUGGGAAUAAAGAGCAGGUGAAAAAAUAUGCAGAAAAAUUAGAUUCAGUCCUUUUGAAGACGGAUGAGGGAAUCUAUGUUUUACCAGAGCUUUAUACAGUCGUCAAAGAUAAGGUUGAGCUGGAAUACAGAACACCGAACAGUCAGAAAAGAGAAGCAAUCGGUAAAAUACCUCACAAGUGGGGACAGUCACUGUACAUCAUCAGCAAGCUGGUCCAAGAGGGUUUCCUCUCUCCAGGGGAGCUUGACCCUUUAAAUCGACGCUUGGUGUCCGAACCGAAACCAGACAUUGUUGUACAAGUUGUGAUACUGGCUGAGGAUGAGUACAUCCAGUCUAAGUUAUUAGAGCAUGACAUCAAAGUACAGACCAUGGAUGAGGUCAGACCCCUACAAGUGUUCCCAGCCAGAGUUCUCACACAGAUCUACUCCUUACUGGGAAGAAACAAGAAACUGGGCUUAACUGGACGUCCAAAGAAUGAGAUUGGUUUGCUAGCGACCAGCAAGUUGUAUACGUUCCAUGAUCAGAUUUUGGCAUUCAUUCCUCAGAUGGCAGAUGAACAUCAGUUUUAUCUCCCCAAGGACACACUUCUAAAGUUGGACAUGUUUGCCAAUGAUAUGGGAUUUCUGUCAUCAUAUUGGAGAUACUUAGGACGGCCUCUUGUUAUAUUUCCAGUGUCCACUAACCUUAAUUACUUAGAUGUUGGCCAUAACCCACCUGGAGCAUUGAUUGGAACAAUCAAAAAGCUACAGAGUGGAUACAUUGCUGGAACAAGGGUCCAUCUUGGAAAUUUGGCAGAUUUUGUGACUACUUCCUGCAUUACAAAGCUAAGCUUUCUCCGAGACCCCUCUCAUGGUGAAGAAGUGAAGAAGUUCAUUGGAGACAUUUUUAAUAAAGCCCCUGAUAUCAGGCCUCGCCUCUUGUCAUCCACUAGAAUGAGACCUAGACCCCGGAGUCAUUCUAGGUCAUCAGUCCACGGCAUUGUCCGGAGAUCCAGGUCUAUUCAAGUCGAUCCAGACCAGGCUCAAGAGAGAGGUUCAUCACAGUCGUCUUUACAAGAGUCCCUGAAGAGAUUAGAAAGAGGAAUGACUAUCCCAGACGGCGGAUCGAGCCAAUCCAGUGGCAGCCCCACCUCCCCAGGAGCUCUGGACAUUGAAUACCCACGGGAAUACCCCAUGCCACAACAUCCGAGUUCCCCUAGCCUGCAUCUGAAGGGAAGCCUGCACCCUCUCCACUACAGCCACCAGGCCCCCUGCUCCUCCCCGCAACUCUCCCACUUCUUCCACCAGGGAGGCCUUCCCCCUGGGAAACAAGAAAGCAUUAGUAUUAAUGAGCUUGUGGAACAGCUCAGUAACACUGAGGUGUUGCACGAACAGGCAGACAUUAUUCACUAUCUGUAUCUCCACAGAGGUCCAGAUUGGGAGAUCAAGAUUGAUGGUAGGAAAUGUUGUAUCAACGAAUUAUUAGUGGAGCUGUAUGAGAAGGCUGGCCAUUGGAAGCACUGGGGUUUGGUGAGACAUACAGCUGGCCUGUUGAAGAAGCGGGUAGAAGAACUGGCUCUGGCGGCAACAGAUCUCUUAGUUCGACAAAAGCAGCUGUCCGUCGGUCUACCAUCAGACAGGGAAAAAGUCAUCAUGCGUCCUCUACCACCUGAUGAUUUGGCCAAGAUUAUCUUUGAAGCUUGUGGAGAGGACUUGAGCACGGCAUCUCUAACACAGGAGCUGCUGAUUUAUCUUGCCAUGUUUAUCCGCACAGAACCCAAACUUUUCAAUGAAAUGUUGCGGUUACGUGUGGGUCUCAUCAUUCAAGUCAUGGCAUCGGAGCUUGCCAGAACUCUUAAGUGUUCAGGUGAUGAAGCUUCAGAGCACCUGCUAAAUCUCAGUCCUUUUGAAAUGAAAACACUUCUCCAUCACAUCCUUAGUGGAAAAGAGUUUGUCAUUAAUACAGAGCAUACUAAUGUAGAAGAUGAGUGCAGGUUAUCAGUUUCAACAAAGAAGGUCGGAGAGGAAGCCACAGAAUUUGCCAAACUAAGUCGAAAACCAUAUGCAAAGAUGCAAAAGAGUAUCCCUAACCUUGACCCCGAGGAACUGGAGAAAGAAGAUGAUGUGGAGUCUGACAGACAGGGACAGUGGCUCCGGAGGCGCCGCCUUGAUGGGGCUCUGAACAGAGUCCCUGUCGGAUUCUAUCCAAGGGUCUGGAAAGUCCUCAAAAUGUGUCAUGGACUGGUCAUUGAAGGUCAUAAUCUGCCACACAGUCUAACUAGAGAGAUGACCCCAGGAGAGUUCAAGUUUGCCUUACACGUGGAGAUAGUUUUGAAUAAGAUUCCGCAGCCUGAGUAUCGACAGCUGAUGGUGGAGGCGCUGAUGGUCCUUACUCUGAUGGCAGAGAAUGAUGCCGGUAAACUCCAAUUCAGCCAGCUGAUUCAGGUGGACAGGAUUGUGCAAAUGGCCAACACCAUCUACCUUAAAGACCAGAAAAUUCCAAUUGAUGUUGUUGAACGAUCCAGAGGAGCGGCCGGAAUCUGUCUUCAUUUCUACGAUACAGCUCCUAGUGGUCGAUUCGGGACAAUGUCUUAUCUGUGCAGGUCUCUGGCCACUAUCUUACCAAUCCCAAUUGACAAGGAUGCCAAUCUGGACUGCACUUUAUCUUAGUCUAUGGAUGCAGAUCAGAUACAAGUUUUUUAUGCAUUGGUAAUCAACGCAAGGAUUUCUUCUCUGAAUUUGAAGUCCGAAUAAUCUGGAGCGAAAAGCAUGAUAUCCAGAUCACUGAACUGGAACCAGACUGUGUUGUGUCUUGACCCUUGCAAGCCUUUUUAAACCAGUUUGUUGUGUCUUAUCAAAGGUUUUAAAUGUAUGUGUUACUAGCAUAUGAACCACAAUCAAAUAUUGCUCUUAAUCAUGAUUUCGAAAUUAACUGUGUAACGGUAUCUGUAUUUUAUCACAAUACAUGUAUGUGCGAUAUUUGACUUGUAAACAAAAUUAACAGUAUAUUGGUUUGAGUUGCAACGUCAACCAAGGUCUCCACAUUUCCUUAGAAGAACAAAAGUUUUGACAAUGUUUAUGACGAGAAAAAUUGCAUUUUUAAAAUAAGCUGUUAAUGUUCAAUACAAUUUAUGUGAACAUUGGUAAUCCAUCAUUUACAGUACAUUACAGCUGUCGGGUUAUCAUAGGAGUAAAUCCUUUGUUUACAGUACAUUACAGCUGUCGGGUUAUCAUAGGAGUAAAUCCUUUGUUUACAGUACAUUACAGCUGUCGGGUUAUCAUAGGAGUAAAUCCUUUGUUUAUACAUGUAGUACAUUACAGCUCUGUCGGGUUAUCAUGGGAGUAAAUCCUUUGUUUACAGUACAUUACAGCUCUGUUGGGACUAUCACAGGAGUAAAAUGCAGGGCUAUUGAUGGAAUACAUCACAGCUUUGUCCUGGUUUAUUCUGUCCCAGAAACAACCAUGAUGUUCAAAGUUGAUACAAAAACACAUAUACUGUACAAAAAAUCCUGUUUGGCCAGUGUUGACAUGUAAAAAAUGUUUAUGUUGGCUCUACUGUACACAAGAGGACUUUUUAUUCUUUUUAUUCAUAAUAGAUAUAUAUACACAUCUAAACCUGAACUAAAACCAGUUUUACAUUUCUUGUUUUGCAUGUGCAUCGUACAUGUAUGUUCAAAAUGUUAUUUAUGCUAAAUCUUUUAAAAUUUUAUUUGCCUCCGAGAUCAGAGAUUGAGGAGGGAAAGCAUAUUGUUUUUGGUCUGUCUCUUUGUCUGUUGACAACUUCAAUCUUGGUUUUAACUCUUGACUAUACCUAGUGAGCUGAAAGAUCAAGGUCAAGGCUGUGUGACUGAUGUGGUCAUUCAUUCAAGGUCAAAUUUGUCAGAAUUGAAUGUAACCACAUCCGAGGGCAUUUAUUUAGUGUUCCACAAACACUUCUUUUGUUGCUUUACAGAUUUAUUGCUAUGAUGAUUUUGUGAUGAUGUGCUUUGUUCAAAUAAAGGAUUGUUUAUGGA